UACGAUUAAAAUCAAAUCAAAGAAAUAAUAAAUUAUUAUGGAAAUCUAAACAGUGAAGUUUGAGACUGAAAAGAUUAAAACCUGUUUUAUUGCAUAUGGAAACAGAGUGAAGGUGAGAAGCGAUAAUGAAAAACAUUACCUUGUUUUAUCAAACAGUUAAAUAAGUUUCACUGUCCAGGAGCAAUGUCGAAAAUUCCAAGGCCGUCUCCUCGUUCGUAUAGGGAUUUGCCUCUAACAGAUGAACAGAAAAGUGCUACUUUACCGAAGAAGGCAGCAGGAAAGCCUAAGGAAAAAAAUGAAAUACCAGAACAAUUGAAGACAACUACGAUCUCUGCUGCUGUGUUUCCGUCAACAUCAAAAGCAUUAACAGAAUUGUCAGAAAAUAUUAUGGAUAGACAGCGUGCAACUUUAAAUCGAUCAAAAUCGGAAUCUGAAAUAAAACUUGAUCACCUUUCCAUCCGCAGCAAAGGAAAAAUUAGCACUUCGCUAACAAAGCAAGCAACGAAUCUUCCGCCUGCAGUCAAAAAAGGUAUAGUUCCCAAAGGUGUCGCAAAAUUGAAACAAAGUUUAAGCUUCCGAGAUAAAAAGCCUGUUAAAUUUGGAGAACCUAAGCUGGAGCAGUCUCCAACAAAUUCAAAGAUCAAAUCACCGGCUUUGAAAACCGAAACUGCAGGGACCUUUAAAUACAGAUCUGGUAAAGUGCUUAAAAAUCAAGAGAAGAAUAGAUCCAAAGCAGAGUCUGUCAUAAAUCAUGAAAAAGUUAACAGAAAGACUAAUGCAAAUAAAAUAACGGAAACAAAACAGCAAAUUUGUAAAGCAAGCAACGGAAAGGAUAAGCAAGUAAAGUCUUUGGAUAAGCAAGAUAUUUUUCCUGAGUUUAAAGAUGCUAUUCAAGAUGCAUCUGAACUCCAAAAAGAGUUUUGUACCCCAAAAGAAAUUGGCCAUAGUGGACUGAAACUUAUAGAAAAGCCGAAAAAGAAAGCUUUACCUUUACCUACCAGGAUUCGCCCUUCCCAAAUAUCUAACAAAAACUGUGAUUCAUCAGGCAAACUUCCAAAGAAAGAAUUCGGGGGACAUGUGUAAAAUCACGGGUUUUAUUUAUAUUUCCCUUUGUAUUUCAAUUUCUAUGUAUAUUUAUGCACUUUUGUAUUCUUGGUGCAUUUAUGUAUUUUACAUUUUUAGAACUUGUAUUUUUCUUUUGAAAUGUUAACCUGAAUAAAGGAUUUAAAAUUUU